CCCGUGGUCUCCAGAAGAGAACUGUGGUCUUAUUAUCUGUAUUACAAUGGGAAUAAUGGAGUAGGUCCCAUGGGAUAUAGCUUCACGCUGUUCCAAUCACUUGUCACAUCAGCAGGUCACGAUCCAAGAGUAGGAAAAGGAUCGAUUUGUCAAGCGGAUGGAUCUGGGCAAUGUGUUAUUGAAUUUUGGGGAUCCUUGAAGGAUGUCAACAGUGUGGUAUUGAUCGCAAAUGGAUUGGCCUUUGCUAUAAUGACUGUUAUGUUUACCACUUUAGGUGGAGCAGCUGAUUAUGGAUCAUUCGGUCGAUAUCUUCUCUUGAUACUUACCCUUAUAUGUUGGGCUAGUCAGUACUGUACCUUGGCGCUCAAUGAAGACCCUUCCAGGUGGAGAUGGGCAAUGGCACUUUACAUGAUCGGUUUUGUUACCUAUGGUGCUACCCUUGUCUUUUAUGCAGCUGCUUUCCCUAGACUAGCUCGUCAUACCCCACGAGCAAAGGCAGCUUUACAACGAUCCAGUUCUCUCACUGCUGAUGAGCUCGAAAUCGAACUUAGUUUGGAACGUAAUCGAAUCUCGAAUAUAUCCACCUUGCACUCUAACCUGGGCUACCUCUUUAUAAUCAUCAUCAAUCUCGCAGUACUAAUCCCUCUUGAUGGCAAGAAAUUAGUUGACACAUAUACCAUAGUCUUGACGAAUUCUUACUGGGUCGUCUUGGGCAUUUGGUGGUUUAUUUUUCAAAACCCACGACCAGGUCCUGCACUUCCACCUCGUUCAAGUUAUUGGACUGUCAGUUGGCACGAUCUGUUAAGAGCUAUCCGACAAGCCAAAAAAUUGCCUAUCACAUUCAUCUAUCUAAUCGCAUUCUUCUUACUGGCUGAUGGUCUCAACACCACAGGAACUGUGAUCUCGAUCAUUGGAGGAAAUCAAUUCGAGUUUAGCUUUUUGGCCUCUACGUAUAUCAACAUGACUCAAGCUAUCACCUCAAUUAUCUCCACUGGUGGAUUCUACCUAAUUCAAAAGCGUUGGAAAUUUCGUACGAAGACAAUGUUCGUCAUCACAAAUGUGGUCACUGCGAUGAUUCCAGCUUGGGGAAUGAUUGGAAUUUGGACUAACAAGAUUGGUUUUCAUCAUCGUUGGGAAUUUUGGGUCUAUAAUGUCAUCUUUGGAUUCUUCCAAGCGCCUUACUACGCUUACUCACAGACCCUGAUGGCUGAACUUUCUCCACCUGGAUGUGAGAACAUGUUCUUUAGUCUCUUUGGAUUUUCAAAUCGAGCAUCCUCAAUCAUAGGUCCAAAUGUAGUCCAAGCCAUAAUUGAUCAUACUCAUUCAACUCAUACAGGAUUCGCAUUCCUUUUCCCACUCUGUUUACUUGCAAGUAUUAUUAUUUGGGUGAAUGUUGAUGUUGAACGCGGGGUUUUAGAUGCUAGAGAGUGGGCAGAGAAAGAGAAUCUAUCCCGAGCAAAAGUGGAAUGA